UUUUUUUUAAUUUCAAGACUAUUAAUGGUUCGGAGCUCUUAUCCCACCAAGUCCACAAGGUGUCUUUGGAGAAGGUGCGACUAACGGCCACAACCCCAAUAGAAACUCCCAUCAGUGAUGCCCAUAACCCGCAUCCAUAUCUGAUCAAUUUUUUGUAAUUCAGGACACUUUUCUUGCUAAGCCAUACAGUCUGUGCUAGAAUGAAGCAUCUUUUACAACGGUUGGCUGUCGCGCUCUGUUUGUGCGCGUCCAGCCUAGUGACAGCUAACGUGCAGGAUUAUUCCGAGGAAGAUGCGAUGAUACUGGAACUGAUUCGCCAGGACGGAACCGAAUCCGAGUCCGGUUCCCUGCCACCCGCUGAGUUCCUCAGAUGUAACAAGGCUGCGUGGCGAAUCCCUGGCCAGUACCUGGUGGUUCUCCAGGGUGGGACCCACCAGACCCAUGUCCAGAGGACCAUCCGGAGGCUGCAGGCCAAGGCAGUCAGGAGAGGGUAUCUUCUAGAGAUCCUCCACACCUUCUCUGGAGCCUUCCACGGCUUCCUGGUCAAGAUGAGCAGCGACGUCCUACACCUGGCGGUGAAGCUACCCCAUGUUGACUACGUAGAGGAGGACUCGUUCAUCUUCGCUCAGAGCAUCCCCUGGAACCUGCAGAGGUUAACACAGCCUUCCACUGAGGCUAAUGACUCUGGGAAAUACAACCCAGUCAAUGAUGGAGGCAUGGCAGAGGUGUACCUGUUGGACAGUAGCGUGCAGAGCUCUCACAGGGAGAUAGAAAACCGUAUCCUCAUCACAGACUUCUCCAACAUCCCCGAGGAGGACGGAGUCCGAGUCCACAGACAGGCUAGCCAGUGUGACAGUCACGGCACGCACACGGCCGGCGUGGUGAGUGGGCGGGACUCCGGCGUGGCGCGCGGCGCCGCCGUGAACCUGGUGAGAGUCCUCAACUGCCAGGGCAAAGGCACGGUGUCGGGCGCUCUGGCAGGGAUGGAGUACGUCCGUGCGGUCCUGUUGGCCCGUCCGGUGGGGUCCGUGGUGAUGUUACUGCCUUUCGUUGGCGGGCUCAGCCGCUCGUUGAACACGGCGUGCAGGCGGGCAGGGGCCGACGGGGCCGUGCUCGUCGCCGCCGCCGGAAACUUCCGAGACGACGCCUGCCUUUACUCACCAGCCUCGGAGCCAGACGUGAUCACCGUCGGCGCUGUGAACUCUGAGGACCAGCCCAUGGCCCUGGGCGCCGGGGGCACCAACGCGGGCCGCUGCGUCGACCUCUUUGCUCCUGGCGAUGACGUCGUCAGCGCCAGCAGUGACUGCGCCACCUGCUUCACCUCUCGCUCCGGAACCUCCGCAGCCGCAGCUCACGUCGCUGGCGUAGCAGCAGUGAUGCUGUCCUCCCAUCCCAACGCCUCGUCUGUGGAGAUCCUCCAGAGGAUGCUGGCUCAUGCCGUCCCCAGCGCCAUCAACCCUUUCUCCCUGCCAGAGCCCCUCCGCCUCACCACCCCCAACCUGGUGGCGGCGCUCUCUACCUCUGAGACAGACAAAAACGCAGAGGAGGUGCUGCUGUGUCGGUCGGUGUGGUCGGAGAGGUCAGGGGUCAGUACCGGCGACAGGGCGGCGGCUCGCUGUCGUCACGGCGAGGAGAUGAUGGGCUGCACCAGCUAUGCUCCGGAAGGGGGUCGCAUGGGAGAGACCAUCUCAGAGCAGGGAGGGUACAGGGAGUGCGUGGCCCAUAACGGGGGCAAAGGGGCGCACGCCAUCGCUCGCUGCUGUGUGCUGGACGGCCUGAAGUGCCAGGUCCACGCCAGCCCCCAUCCCGGGCAGGACGCAGAGUGUGUCAGCUCCCAUCACCACCUGACUGGCUGCAGCUCUCUCUCCGCUGCAGAGGUCACGUCCGACUCUCGCCCUCGCCAUGGUGACCGGAAACGUUGCGUGACAACGGAGCGGGUGACAUCAGACGCUGUCUGCUGCCACGCCCCCUUCCUGGAAUGCCGCGUGCUGGAGCAUGAAGCCGUCAGAGAUAACGAGGAGGUGGCGCUGUCCUGUCCCCCUGGCUGGACUCUGACCGACUGCAGUGCCUCCUCUCUCGGCUCUGCGGCCCGGGGUCCCGUCGCCAGGGGCAACACCUGUCUGGUCCACCGUGCCACGGGGGUUGAGGAGGCGGUAGUCAUGGCAACCUGCUGCCGCGUCAGCCGGUCACAGCCGCCCACCGGCCCCAAACACUGACAGGCUCCUCCCACCCGCCUCGUCGUCAUCACCAUGGAAACAGCAAAUGAACACAAGCAGGUGGUCUUUUCGGUUU